AUGCGUCAUCCUUCAGAUUCUUUCGCUUGGAAGCACAUAGACCAUAGGUUUCCCGCAUUUGCUUCAGAUUCGCGUAAUCUGCAUCUUGGGCUUGCUGCUGAUGGAUUCAAUCCGUUUGGCGAUCUUUCCGCAACCCACAGCUGUUGGCCGGUGAUGAUCGUAAUUUACAAUUUGCCGCCCCAGGCGUGUAUGCAAGCCGAAAACAUUAUUAUGAUCAUGCUGAUUCCAGGAAAAAAGCAACCCGGUAAGGACAUUGAUGUAUACUUGCAUCCAUUGAUUGAUGAUCUGAUUGAGUUGUGGGAAAACGACAUGAAAGUGUAUGAUUCGUUUAGUAAAACAAAAUUUAACUUGAAGGCUUUAUUGAUGUGGACAAUUAAUGAUUUCCCUACAUAUGGAAAUCUAUCUGGAUGUACAUAUAAAGGGAAGGCAGACUGUCCUCUUUGUGGUGAUAAUACUCUUAGCAUCUGGUUACCAUUUAGUCGUAAAACUGUAUACAUGAAUCAUAGGAGAUUUCUUCGUGAUAAUCAUCCUUUUCGGCAGAAAAAAGACAUGUUUAAUGGAGAAAUUGAGAGGAGAGAAAAACCACCUGUUAUGUCUGGUGCUGAGGUGUUUGAACGUCAGAGUAGUAUUGUGAAUGAUUUUGGGAAAACGGAUGUUGUUUCUGAUGCGGCUAGAUUUGGUGCACCUGACGAGGAAACUGAGCUUCGGGUGUUUAACAAACGGUCGAUAUUCUUCGACCUGCCUUACUGGAAGGAUUUGUUACUACGACAUAAUAUUGAUGUUAUGCAUACAGAAAAAAAUGUCUAUGAUAGCAUCAUUGGUACUAUAAAGUUCAAAACAAGAGAUGGUUUGAAUUCUCGUAAUGAUCUUAAGAGUAUGGGAAUACGACCAGAAUUGCAUCCAGAAGUGAUAAAUGGCAAAACAAUUCUUCGAGCAUCACCAUACAACUUAAGCCACAAGAAUAAGGCUAUACUUUAUAAUAGGAUGAGAAAUAUGAAGGUUCCAUAUGGGUAUAGUUCGGAUCUUAGGAAUCAUUUAUCGAAAGAUGGUUUCUUAGGUGUCCUUAAGGCUCAUGAUUACCAUGUUCUUAUGCAACAAAUAUUACCUGUAGCUUUGAGGGGACUUUUACCUGAGGGGCCAAGUAAGGCGAUUUUCAGGUUGUGUUCUUAUUUUAACGAAAUAUGCCAAAGGGUAGUUGAUCUCGAAAGAUUAGUAGAACUUGAAGUAGAAGUUGCUGAGACUUUGUGUAUGUUGGAGGUGUACUUCCCUCCAUCAUUUUUUGAUGUGAUGGUGCACUUGACAAUUCACCUAGCUCGAGAAGUGCGUUUAUGUGGACAUGUACAAUAUCGUUGGAUGUAUCCAUUUGAAAGGUAUAUGAAGACAUUCAAAGAAUAUGUUAAAAAUUACGCACUACCUGAAGCUUGUAUAGCAAAGUGUUAUCUUGGAAUGGAGUGUGUUAGGUAUUGGAUUCUCAAGGAUCAAGCAGCUGAAAUAAGAGAAAACCCAAGGCCUGAUAAAAACGAUGGUACCACACCGGCAGCACGUCCUCUUUCUAAAGGUGAACAAAUGCGUAUGGAUAGUGAAAAGCUAAAGAUUGCUCACAGAUAUGUGCUUUUUAACACAACAGAAAUUGACCCAUAUCUGACGUAA